GCGAGGCGCGGGCCGGUAUAACUGUGACGCCGUUUAUUAUUAAUAUUUCAAAAAAAAAAAAGGAUUUGGUUAUUUUUUUUUUAAUUUUCCGCGGCCCAGUUAUAUACAAAAAAAAAAAAAAGAGAGGGAGGUUUUUUUUUUUUUUUAUUUUUUACAUAAAUACACACACAUACACAAACAAUUUUUUCAUUUUUUUGUGUUAAAAUAAAAUAGCAAAAAUUUUGCGAAAAUUUGAAAAAGAUUUUAAAUUUCGAAGCUGCGAUAAACAGGAAGUUACACAGGAGCUUAGCUCCUGGGGAGGAAUGCUCAACAAUAUCUCCGCCGGCGGAUCCAUUCAUGGUAUUUCCGGUUCAAAAGACCUUCAUGCACAGGACCUAAAAAGACAUGAGAAAUUAGACGGUGUCCUGGGCGUGAAUUUAGGUGGUCUAUCUGCCGGCGGAGGAUUGACGCUUCAUCAGGAAUUAAUUAUGACAAUGCCUGGUUCAGGUACUGGGUCGUCAAUGUGUGACGAUAAACCUACAAAACAAAAACGACAUCGGACACGAUUUACACCGGCUCAACUUAACGAAUUGGAAAGGUGUUUUAGUAAAACGCAUUACCCUGACAUUUUUCUUAGAGAAGAAAUUGCGAUGAGGAUCGGCCUAACGGAAAGUAGAGUACAAGUAUGGUUUCAAAAUCGAAGGGCCAAAUGGAAGAAACGCAAGAAGACUGGCGGAAUGUUACGUUCACCAGGUGGACUUGUACCGUCGCAUAGUUUUCCGCCAUUUGCGGCAAUGAGUUCAGAAUUGUGCGGUGCAGCGGGAAUGUUUCAUGCGCCAACUGAAAGAUGGGGAAUGGCACCAGUUCAUUUUUCUGCUUUUUCAAACUCAGGUUUGGGUCAAUUGAGCCAAAGUGGAAUGACCAUGGGUGGUUUUGGCCAAAGUCUUGGUCAACUAAGUCAACAAAGUUCCGGUACACUUGGCUCAAGUUUAAGUCUCAGUAAUUCCGGUUUGCCAAUCAGUAGUCCGUCGCAAAGUGUCUAUCAAACAAGUUACGGUCUCAAUUCACUCGGUGGAGUUCACAUGUCAGCGUCGCGGGGUUCACCGCCGGGUGGUUCAUCAGUGGGUAGUGGUCAGGGUUUGGGUUCGGGUUUAAAUUGUGGUCAAGGCUCCCCGGGUGCGACUUCCGGUAGUGGUGGAGGUGGUGCCGGAAGUGCUGUAUCAUGCGUAGUCACUGAAGGAAAUGGAUCCGAAGCUUCGGUUUGGAGAGAAGCUCACAGUAUUGCGUCACUAAGACGUCGUGCUUCCGACGCUUCUCAACAAUAUAGUCCACAACCACCGCCACCAGGUCCACCUCAAUAUGGUCACGAUUUGGAAUACAGUUCGGUCUACUGAGGUAAAAAAAAAAAUAAAAAAAAAUUCUUUUCCAAAUUAAUUUCAUAAUUUGGAAAUGUAAUAAUUUUUAAAUCCAAAAUUGCGCCGUGGAGAAAAAAAAACCAUCACUUUUUCAAUUGACAAAAAAAAAAAAAUUUAUUUU